AUUGGCGUUAUAUUAGUACGUUAAGUUUACAGUUAUAUUUGUUAAAUUGUAAAAUAUAUGGUUGAUAAAGUAUCCGUUUUUACAGUUAAUAGUACACGGAAGAUGAAAAUUGCGUAAUGGAUGAAAAUCAUCUACCUGAAUUAAAUCAAGAAACAAAAAUGUCGAUCAGUUCCAGCAAUUGGUAUUUGAAGGGACUUGGUAUGGUUGUGGUGGUCGCAGUUGCUAUUUAUUUUGUUAGAAGACUGACCAACAAGAAAGGGCUGCGUUCAAAGACUGUACAGAUUUUUAUACCCGUACAAACACCAACGACUGACAAAUUUCGUUCGGCAAUCUCAUCUUUAUGCAAGGAAUUUUCAUACAAUUGUAAUUUUUGCUAUGAUAUUGGAAGAUUACUCAAGGAGGUUCCUCUAAUUGCUGUGUGCCCCAUAUCUUCCAGGUUUGAACCGGACAUAGACUUUGCAAUUCAUGGAAUUCGGACGAAACCAUUUGCUGUUCUUCUUAUCCACACUGGUUUAGAAAGUUCUCUACCUAGAAUACCCACAGCUUCUAAACUUGCCCACAAGGAAAAGUACAAGGACAUUGAAUUCAUUGACAUUGCUUACAAUACGGACGCAAAUCUAUAUCAAUGUGACAUGAAUGAAACUGCAAGAAGAAAGUUACACAAGUUUUUAUUUGAUUUUGCAGGAAACAAUUAAAGAUAUUCUGUUUUUACUAUCAUUUCGAUAUUAUCGUUAUUAACUUAUGUAUCAAGUUUAUAAUUUGAAGAGAGAAAACAUAAAAUCAUAGACUUGUUUGAUUAUAAGACAUAUCAAUUAUUGUAAGUAUCGUAUUUAAUGUAAUUUUUAGUUGUUUCUGGUAAAACAUUUUACGGUUUUUCAAAUGGUCGUACUAAAACAAAAAAAAAAAUCAGUAUUUUGUUAUUUCGUUUGCCUUUUUUUAUAUUGCUAAAACAUAGUGUCUGUGAGUUGCUUUCUGAUGAAACUUACCUGCAACAGUUCGUGACAAUGCAUAUAAUUCCAUAAGUAUUCUGAAAACUAGAAAAGAGACUUAAAUUAAGCUUACAAAAUCAAAAACGAACGAUAAGAGUUCUUAUCUCUUUUAGAGUUCCAAAACUGAUUUUCAACGUCAUCAAACUAAGAUCAUGUUGUGAAUUAUUUAUAAGUAUCUCGUAAACUUAAUAUAAUCUAUUCUGUUUUCAUAUAAUCAAUACAAAUGAUUGUUUUAAGAUUUGUUUAUGUUUGCAUAUUUUUCAAAGAUACAACAACAUAAUCAUCCAAACAUAUUGGUUAAGUAAGGAAAGCAGAGGAAAAAUCCAAAUUAUACAUUGAUGCGCUACAAUACAAAUGCUCUAAUUUCUUCAGAAAGUCUUUAUUGUUCAGAGUUGAUCACCUGUAAGUUUGAACAUUUCAAUUGUAUUACCUAGAAUGAAAACGGGGCAUAGAGAAAAGGUCGAUGUUACUGAUAUAGAAAUUAUUAAAACGAUAACAUCUUUUUGUUAAACAUACUAUAAUAUAAGAAUAAAAUUCAUCAACAACAAGUGAAAAUAUAUUUUGACACAACUUUGUAAUAAUGCAACAUUAUUUCAUGAAUGUAUAAGGGUAGACCAAAUCAGUCUUGAAAAUGCGAAUUGAUCGUGAAAAUUGUUGUUUUUUGGUCACGGGUUUUUAUAAGCAUACUCGAUCAAUCUAGCUUGUAACAUUCUGGUCUAUUUGCUGAAAUUCCACUUUUGUAAAACAUCAUC